AUGGCGUUUUCUUUCUUCCUCAGCAAAUCCACCCGUAACGAGCUAUCUGUAGCAGAUCCGCGAUGGCGCAGCAAAACCGUCCUGCACCUCAUUACAGUCAACUUCGCGUUCGUGGCAAUCGCACUUUUUGGAGCCGUCGUGCCGAUGUGGAACGACAACUUUUUUCACGGCAGAGGCCUUCGUGGCGAUUGGACUGACGGCUUGAUCCUCGCGCCGCUGCUCGUAUCUUUCAUCAUCUCCUGCACCACAAUCAUCACCAUCUUCAUACAGCGCAAACGGCUACCACCACUCUUCAACAUUGGAGCCCUCCUCGCGAUACUAUUCUUCCUCCUUAUCGCCAUUGUCUUUGCCGGCGUUGGCAGCAUCUUCCCGCACUGGAGAAGCACCACAACACCCAACCAGAAUGGUGUUGUCCUUUGUAACACUCUCAACAUGUUCACCCGUGAAUGUGAGCCUAUGAUGUAUCGCAUCGGUGAACUCCAGAUCGCUGGUCUCAUCUUCAGUAUCAUCGUCUGGCUUACCACAUCUCUCCUCGUGGUGAUCGCCGUCCAGGAGUGGCGCGACAUGAAGUUUUUGAGAAAGCACCAGCUCCGCAAACUACAGCUUUACACAGAUCCAGAGAAGACCACUGGGGGCCGCCCUGGAGGCCGGACUGGCAAGCAGAUCAAGCUUCGCAACUCCAUCACCCGGAUGAGCUAUCUGCGGCCACCCACAAAGACUCGACAGCUUCAAUUGGAACAACAGUACCAUUCGUCCUUAUUGCGGAACCAGAACCGAGCCACGCUCACCCGGUGA